AUGGACUGUCACCUCUCCAUCCUCCUCCUCCUCCUCGGCAGCUCCGUUCUCAGCUGCUUCGGGGAACUGACUCUCCCGCCGUCCAAUGAAGUCAAUCUGCUGGAUUCCAAAACGAUUCAAGGGGAGCUGGGCUGGAUCUCUAGCCCAUCACAUGGGUGGGAAGAAAUCAGUGGCGUUGAUGAGCAUUACACACCCAUCAGGACUUACCAGGUGUGCAAUGUAAUGGAACAUAGUCAAAAUAAUUGGCUGAGGACCAACUGGGUCCCCAGGAACUCAGCUCAGAAGAUCUAUGUGGAACUCAAGUUCACUCUACGAGACUGUAAUAGCAUCCCGUUCGUUUUGGGAACCUGCAAGGAGACUUUCAACCUGUACUACAUGGAGUCCGAUGAUGAUCAUGGGGUCAAGUUCCGAGAGCAUCAGUUUACAAAGAUUGACACCAUUGCAGCUGAUGAAAGUUUCACGCAAAUGGAUCUUGGGGACCGUAUUCUUAAACUCAACACUGAAGUUAGAGAAGUAGGCCCUGUCAACAAAAAGGGAUUUUAUUUGGCUUUUCAAGAUGUUGGAGCUUGUGUUGCCUUGGUGUCCGUGAGAGUGUACUUCAAAAAGUGCCCAUUCAUAGUGAAGAAUCUGGCCAUGUUUCCAGACACAGUACCGAUGGAUUCUCAAUCCCUGGUGGAGGUUAGAGGUUCUUGUGUUAACAAUUCAAAGGAGGAUGAUCCUCCUAGGAUGUACUGCAGUACAGAAGGUGAAUGGCUUGUACCCAUCGGCAAGUGCUCAUGCAAUGCUGGCUAUGAAGAGAGGGGUUUUAUGUGCCAAGAUUGUGGGCUGGUCAGAAGAGAUGGCUAUGACUUGCACAAAUCAGUGUUUGAUCACAAGUACUUCAGGCACACAGAGACAUGGCUGCGGACAAGCAUCUUGCUGGCAGACAGCUCUGUGGUCACUUAUGGAGCAGAAUCCGUGAGAGUGAAAAUUCGGGUGUCAUACACUUCGGUCACUUUUCUGAUAGCCCUCUGCGAUGUGUGGCUGCUGAUUGUUCUUUCGAAACAUGAUCACGAUGUGAAUUUCUAA